UUAUUCUUCUUCUUCUUCUUCUUCCUCCCCAAGUCCCUUUUUUCCAUUUCCAUGAACAAAACCUCUCUUUAUCAACCUCUCUUCAAACCCCUAAACAGCUUUUUCUCUCCUUUCAUGUCCUAAGAAAAACCCAUAAAAAUUCUUUGUUCAUUCUCCACACACACACAGAGAGAAAAUGGGUUCUCUUGUCCCAUUUCAAGACCUUAAUCUUCAACCUGAAUCCACCAAUUUAACCUCUAAUUCUCCAACUCCGUUAAUUACCCCCAAAAUUGAACCUAAACUUGAACCCCUUGAUGAAUUUACUCAAGCUGAUCUUCAAACCCCACCUCUUUUCUCCAACCCUAAUACUCCCAAUUUCAACUGCAAUUUCACUCCUAAUUCACUAUCACACAACUUAAUUACUACACCUGAACAAAACCCAUCUGGGUCUGAUGGAACAAAUGUGUAUUCUGAGUAUAACAGAAUUUCUGAGCUGUUUCGUGAAGCUUUUGCUAAAAGAAUGCAGCGUUAUGGAGAUAUUGAGAUUGUUGCUGACCCUAACAAUGACGAUUCACGUGACGUCGAGAUGGACCUCGAUAAUUCACGUGCCAUUGUUCCGGUUAAUAAUGAGGAUAAUCAGGUUUCGGAAAUGGUAAUUCCUAGAAGAAAAUAUCAACAAAGGUCAUCCGAAUUAGUUAGGGUUACAGAUCUUAAACCUGAAGAUCAACGUUAUUUUCGCGAUGCUGUGAGGAGAACCCGAAUGCUGUAUGAUUCGUUGCGUGUUUUAGCGAUGGCUGACGAUGAGAAUAACAUGGGUGUGGUGCCUCAUAGGAAGACUAGAGGUGAUUUAAAGGCUUGUCAGGUUUUAAGAGAACACGGGUUGUGGAUGAAUCGCGAUAAGCGAAUUGUUGGGGCGAUCCCGGGGGUGUUUAUUGGUGAUGUGUUCUUUUUCAGGAUGGAGCUUUGUGUUGUUGGUUUACAUGGGCAGGUUCAAGCUGGCAUUGAUUAUGUCCCUGCGAGUCAGAGCUCGAAUAGGGAGCCGAUUGCUACGAGUGUGAUUGUUUCGGGUGGAUACGAGGAUGAUCAGGAUGGUGGAGAUGUGAUUAUAUAUACUGGGCACGGUGGACAGGAUAAGUUGUCGAGGCAAUGUAUGCAUCAGAAGCUGGAAUGUGGGAAUUUGGCAUUGGAGCGGAGUAUGCACUAUGGAAUUGAGGUAAGGGUAAUUCGCGGCUUUAAGUACGAAGGUAGUGCUAGUGGUAAAGUUUAUGUGUAUGAUGGAUUGUAUAGAAUUGUUGAAUGUUGGUUUGAUGUUGGAAAGUCUGGAUUUGGAGUGUAUAAGUACAAGCUUGUUAGGAUUGAGAAUCAGGAAGAGUUGGGAAGUGCCAUUCUUAGGUUUGCGCAGAAUCUUAGGCUUAGACCUUUGGUGGCAAGGCCUACGGGUUAUGUUAGUCUAGAUAUAUCUAGGAAAAAAGAAAACAUGCCAGUAUUUCUUUUCAACGAUAUCGAUGAUAAUCACGAUCCUGUUUAUUUUGAUUAUCUGUUGAAGACUGUUUUCCCUCCGUAUGUGUACCAGAAUGUGGGCAGUGGAAAUGGCUGCGAGUGCGUUAAUGGGUGUGUGGAUAAUUGUUUUUGUGCUAUGAGAAAUGGUGGCCAAUUUGCUUAUGAUUAUAAUGGGAUAUUGGUGAGAGGUAAACCAUUAGUGUUUGAAUGUGGACCACAUUGUCAGUGUCCUCCAACUUGUCGGAAUCGAGUGAGUCAAAAGGGUUUGAGGCACAGAUUUGAAGUGUUUCGGUCUAGAGAGACUGGUUGGGGAGUUAGGUCAUUGGACUUGAUCCAAGCUGGGUCCUUCAUCUGUGAAUUUACUGGGGUCGUACUCACACGAGAGCAAGCCCAAAUCUUUACAAUGAAUGGUGAUAGUUUAGUCUAUCCAAGUCGCUUUCCUGAGAGGUGGGCAGAAUGGGGAGAUUUGUCCCAAAUAUAUCCUGACUAUGUGCGGCCAGCAUACCCCUCCAUUCCUCCUCUGGAUUUCGCGAUGGAUGUGUCUAGAAUGAGGAAUGUAGCAUGCUAUAUGAGUCACAGUUCAAGCCCCAACGUGUUGGUGCAGCCCGUGCUUUAUGAUCACAACACUGUAUCUUUCCCCCACCUGAUGCUCUUUGCAAUGGAGAAUAUCCCCCCUCUUAGGGAGAUCAGUAUUGAUUAUGGGGUUGCAGAUGAAUGGACAGGGAAGCUUGCCAUUUGUAAUUGACUAACUUGUAGGAGUUGAUGCAAUUUUGAACAUGAUGCAGCACAGCCAUUUCUGGCACAUCAUUUGCUGAGAUGAAGGGCGAGUAUUGGCGAACUGUUACUGUGUUUCCCUUUUAUUAUAAUCCUGCUGUCUUGAUGACACGGUCUAGACUACAUCACUAGGUUCCUGAAACAAGUUGCCCCUGUUGCUGUUCUUUCAUCAGUUUGUCGAUCCUAUAUUGUAGAUAGCAUGGUGUUCAAUGACUAGCUAGAAGAAUGAAGAAAGCGAUAUUGCAUUUUCCCACUAUCCGCCUUUGGAAGGAACCCUUUUAACCGAUCAUCUCCUUGAUAGAGCUGGUCUGCUAUUGAUGUUCUUGAUCGUUAGAACUUUUAUAGGUUGUAGUAAUAGCUUGUAUAUAUGAAGAUCAAACUGCUUAUUCUGUACAGAAGAUUGUAUCUAUAUCGUGCUAAUGGAUAUCCAGAGUGCAGUUCAAAUGCUUU